AGGCUGUCAAACCACACAAGAACCUUAAUCUUCUCAAAACCCUCCCUCUUGUACUACGUAUCAGUUUUGUUCUUAAUUCUCCGUGCUCAUCUAUCAUCAUGGGAGUGUUCACUUACCAGAACGAUAACGCCUCAACUGUGGCCACUUCCAGACUUUACAAAGCUCUGGUCGUUGAUUUCGACAACCUCGUCCCAAAGAUCAUGGAAGGCGUCACCAUUGAAAUCCUCGAAGGGAAUGGAGGACCUGGCACUCUCAAGAAGCUCACUUACCCCAGAGGUGAGGAAACAAAGUAUUUGGUGCAGAAAGUGGAAGCAGUGGAUGAAGCAAGCUAUGCAUAUAACUACAGUAUGAUUGAAGGGAGUGGAUUAGCAGAGGGAGUGGAGAAGAUGACAUUUGAGACCAAGUUAGUGGAAGGAGCUGAUGGAGGAUCUGUAGGCAAAGUCAGUAUCACUUACUUCACCAAAACCGAUGCUCCUCCAAGUGAUGAAGAACUCGCUAAUGGAAAAGCCAGUGGUGAUGGCCUCUUCAGGGCUGUUGAGGCUUACCUUCUCGCUCAUCCUGAUCACUACAACUAAUCAACUCACUCUCAACUCAUAUAUAUACACUACAUAUCAUUGUUGUUAUGGUUUGCUCCGUUUGUUAUGACCAGGAUUCUCUCUGAAGCACUUUACUUCUUUGAAGUAUUUAAAGAGUAUAUAUCCGUGUUCGUGUUCGUGUUCGUGUUUGUGAUGAUGAUACAAGUUUUUGAAUUUCUGGUACCGAAUCAAAAUAUAAUAAUGAGAAAGUGUUUGCUUUUCUUUUCUUUCCCUACUUUCUUCUUGGGGUUGGAUUUCUCAAAUUCGAUGUCAAGCUCGAUGGUUGAGAGUAAAUUGGAGGAUGUAAUGUAAUAUGAAAUUGAUGAAUAUAUUUGUCACUUCUCUGGA